CCUAUAUAUCCUACCUUGCUAUACAAUGCUUCAUUGCAAGACAAAUUUCAUCUAAUUGACUAAAGCAAGGAGAAAGAAGAAGAAGCAGAAGCAGCAGUAGCAGCGGCGGUGGCAUUAGCAGCACUGACGUAAUGGCCAGCAGCUACCAUCAGCAUAUGAGUACCGAAUUGCAGCUGGCGGCGAGGAACGGCAACGUCGAGAGCCUGCGGUCGAUGAUUCGCGAGAACCCGAAAAUCCUACUGUCGACGACGGUGCAGGGUCAGACCGCGCUGCACAUCGCCGCGCGGCUCGGUCACCGCGCCUUUGUGGAGGAGAUAUUCAAGCAGGACGAGUCGCUGCUGCGGCUGCGGAACGCCGACGACGACACCCCGCUGCACGUCGCGGCACGGUCGGGCCAUGCGGAGCUCACCGACUUCCUGGUGAACUAUGCGUUGACGUGGCUGGAAGUCGAAGACGAUAACGAGAGCCCGCUGCGGGCGGUGAACGCGCGGGGCGACACGGCGCUGCACGAGGCGGUGAUCGGCCGGAACGAGCAGAUCGCGGUGAGGCUGCUCAACGCCGACCCCAGCAUGGGGCACGUGAUGAACAAGAGGAAGGAGACGCCGCUGCACAUCGCGUCGCGCGAGGGGCUGGAGAAGGUGGUGGAGAAGAUCGUGGCGCAUCCCUGGGUCGCGGAGCAGCAGGAGGCUGAGCCGGCGGUGCUCGGGACCGGAUCGCCCCUCCACCAGGCUGUGCUCGGCGGACACAUCAAAAUCAUGGAGAUGUUGUUAGAUAAGAGAACUGAUUUCCUCAAAGCCGUCGACGAGUCCGGCAACAACGCCCUUCACUACGCGGCCCAGAAAGACAGCAAGAUGAUGGUCGAAAUGCUACUCAAGAAGGACAAUUCCCAGCUCGCCUACCUGUGCAACAACAAAGGCUACUUUCCACUGCACGAAGCCGCCUUUUACGGCUCCAGCUCUGCCGUCAAAGAGAUCCUGAAGUACUGCCCCGACACCGCAGAACAAGUCGACUUCACAGGAAAGAACGCUAUCCACAUCGCAGUCCAAAGCGGAAAGGUCGGGACGCUGCAGUGCUUGUUGAGACACAUCGAGCCGAAAGAGAUCAUCAACAAGGCCGACGAAGAUGGAAACACUCCUCUCCAUCUCGCGGCAAUGCAGGGCCGGAUUCAAUCGACGCUUAUACUGUCGAAGGACAACAGGAUCGAUCCAUGCCUCCUGAAUAAGGAAGGCCAAACGGCUCGAAGCGUCUACGAGCGCCUCGAAGAAAUGAGUAUAUAUGGGAUGAUAGUGUGGAAGAAGCUAAAGAAGAAGGAAGCCGAGAAAUGCAAGAACAAGCAGCUACCGCCGGUGGCGACGUCGCAAUCGUUCCAGAAGAAAAUGGCCGCGAGCGACCAAUACUUCGAGCUGAGCGUGAACACGUACACGCUGGUCGCGGCGCUCAUCGCGACGGUCACCUUCGCGGCCAACUUCACCAUGCCAGGCGGCUUCGACCAGCAAUACGGCAUGGCCAUCCUGCAGAAUCGGCCGGCUUUCAAGGUCUUUGUGAUCUCGAACACGAUCGCCAUGUGCAGCUCCCUCGUGGUCGUCUUCUGCUUCAUCUGGGCGUGGAGGGACCCGGUCAAGUUCAAGCUCAACCAGCUCCAAUGGGGCCACAGGCUCACGGUGCUCGCGUGCCUCGCGAUGCUCGUCACUUUGAUGACCGCCGUGCACCUGGUCCUUACUCAUAAGUCAUGGUGGUUGUCAUUGGUGGUGAUUCUGAUCGGGUGCAGCACUCCGGUGGUAGUCGGGCUUAUACUUGGCCGCGAGGUCUGGUUCAUUCCGCUCAAGUGACCCAUGCUGUUCGUCUAAAUUAACUUUGCUUAAAUGUUUGAUGAGUACAAUAAUUAAACUGCGUGUGUGGCACCAGCAACGUGAAACUUAAGAACGUGAUAUAUAAAUAAGAUGUUUAUGAAUAGAUUGAAUUAAAUUAGAUUUGCUAUAAAACUAAACCU